CCCCUCCCCCCAAAAAACCCUCGAAAAGCGGCGGCGGCGGCGGCGGCGGCGCGACAUGGCGGAGGUUGAGACUGCGCCGGCGGCUGUGGCGGCGACGACCCCGGAGGUGGCGGCGACCGAGGGCGGCGCCGCGGCGGAGGCGAAGGGGCCGCACAAGCUGCACCGGCAGUGGACCUUCUGGUACGACAUCCAGUCGAAGCCCAAGCCCGGCGCUGCGUGGGGCACCUCCCUCAAGAAGGCCUACACCUUCGACACCGUCGAGGAGUUCUGGAGCUUGUACGAUCAGAUUUUCCGCCCAAGCAAGUUGAGUGGGAAUGCGGAUUUUCACCUAUUCAAGGCUGGAGUGGAGCCAAAAUGGGAGGACCCGGAGUGUGCAAAUGGUGGCAAGUGGACUGUCCCAUGCAACAGAAAGGCAACCUUUGAGACCAUGUGGCUUGAAACGUUGAUGGCUCUUAUUGGAGAGCAGUUUGAUGAAACCGACGACAUCUGUGGAAUUGUUGCUAGUGUCCGUCAGAGAGGGGAUAAGCUCGCAUUAUGGACUAGGACUGCCAGCAAUGAAGCUGUCCAGGUGAACAUUGGAAAGAAAUGGAAGGAUGUCAUCGACUACAAUGACAAGAUCACCUACACUUUCCAUGAUGACUCUAGAAGAGAUAAGCCGAGCAGAGGUGGACGGUACACCGUUUAAGGUUGUGCGUAUCAUGAAGAUUGGGGCUUGGAUUGGAUGGUGCGGGUGGAGUUUUCUUCUCGGUAGCUACUUUCAUUCGAUUCAGCCUCAGCUUGCCCGAGGCAAUUUUCCCAUCUAUUAUGAUGUUAUUUUGCUCUCAGAUAGCCUAUGUAGUACAAGAAAGAGAUGCUGGAGAGACAUUGACGAAUUUGUAUGGCACUAAAUUUCAAUCGUAAUAUGCCCUGAUUUGACAACCCGAAGGA